CUCUCUUUUGAACGCGACUUGGUUAAUAGUAAGUACAUUAUUUAAGAGAAAGGGAAGGAUGAACAUAUAUAUAUAUAUAUGAUGAGUACGUAAAAGGUUCGAGUAUAUUUUAGCCAAGCUCUUGUGUUGGUGGUCUAUUUCUUUCAUUCUACUACAAUGAUAAAUACAAAUCCGAUAUCAUAUACUGUUCGAAAUCUUGUUCGUUAUCUUUAGUAGUGGAUAAUGCAGCGUAAGGCCGAACACAGAACAAAAAAGGGAGUAAUGGAUAAUGUAUUUGCUUGUUAAAUGCAUUUGAUGUUAUUUGCAGCCAUUGUUAGACCAACUAUGUCGCAGAAUGCAUACUGUUGUGGAAGAUUAUAGAAGAAGUAAAAAAAACAUUGCGCCAACAAAUGAAAAUGAAAAGCCUCCAGCUGACAACGAAGUGCGAAUUAGUCAUAGUAAGAUAAAUACCUAUGUCGAUGUUAGUUUAAAAUUGCUUCAGGAAAAGCAAAAGAAACACAUUGUGUUGAUUGGUAAAGGGCAAAACGUAAACAAGACGGUGACUGUGGUAGAAUUGGUCAAGAGAAAAAUGCAAGGCACAUUACAUCAAUAUACACAAUUGGGAAGCGUAUCUGUUGUAGAGCAAUGGGAUGCAAUUGAAGAUAAAGAGUUAGAUAGUGUUCAAGUGAAUAAGAAGGUACCAGUAAUUAUUAUAUACCUGUCUUUAGAAGCAAUACCUGAAUUAGAGGCUACUUCGGGCUAUCAAGCUCCAACUGGACCUGAUUUCUUCCAGUAAUUUUUUGUACAGCAUUUUUUUUCAUUAAAGCUUUUUGUAUAUACUUCAUUACUUCGUAAAAUAAACCGAAUAAUUAAACACGAAUACUUGCAAAACAAUAUUAAAUAGGAUACUUGACAGAUAAAGAAGUCAAAGAACCC